AUGAUGAUGAUCCUCUGCGCCUCCAUAGAAUCUACAGCUUCGACCGCGGCUGUCCCCGUCACCCUGACCCGCAAGACCGCCGGUUGCCAAUGUGUUGGGUCUCGUACGGAGAAGUUGGGCCUCGUACGGAGAAGUUGGGUCUCCUACGGAGAAGUUGGGUCUCGUACGGAGAAGUUGGGUAGGGUCUCGUACGGAGAAGUUGGGUCUCGUACUGAGAAGUAG